CCAGGUGGAGCCGGCAGCCGGCAGCCGGGACACGAGGAAGAGCGCUUUAAAUGUUUGAUUUACACUUCCUGCCAUUAAAUGUUGAUAACUUAAUCCACGCGCGUCCGGAAGCCUGUUUUCCACCAUCUGCGAAGUGCCCAGUUUCAGAAUACUCUACAAUUGGCGACCACGAAGGCGAAACUGAGAUGGCCCGCCAGAGUUACGGGACUUCCACGUGUUCCUACGAUACCAGUCUACUUCAGGCCACACCAGUGUCCAUGGAGCCACCACCAGUGUCUGCUGCCAAAAUGUUGUGUGAAGGAGGUCAUUUCAUGAAGGGGAUGGUCAUGGGAGGCCUCUUCUGCUUGUUUCUGUCGCUGCUGGGUAGCUUCAGAUUGAGCACGGAGUCCAAGACAGACGACAGUAAUCAUCAUCAUCAUCACGUCAAGGCCCCGAGUAAAGACGAGCUGACCCGCCUCUCUGACGUCCACAUGCAGGAGUUUGGCAAUCAAGUGCAGGUCUCUUGCAUCAUCAUGGUCCAGCCCAAGAUCCUGGUUUACUGGGCCACUGCGGUUGACACCUGGAGCAAACACUGUGACAAAGCUGUGUUUUACACCUCCGAGUCCUCCAAGGCGCUCGAGGCGGUUGACCUGAAUGAAAACGACGACUGGGCGAGGCUACGUAAGGCUCUGAAGCAUGCUUAUGAGAACGCUGGAGACCUGCGCUGGUUCUUUGUGGCGCAAGCGACGACGUUCGCCAUCAUCGAGAACCUCAAAUACCUGGUGCUCGCGAAGGAUCCCAACGAGCCCUUCUACCUCGGCAACGUGAUGAAGUCGGGGGAGCUUGAGUACGUGGUGUACGACAGUGGCAUUGUUUUAAGUUACGAAGCGCUCAAAAGGCUUGUGCAUGUGCUCAAAGAUGAAGACAAAUGUCCAGAAAGAGGACGCGCCCUGUGGCAGCUGAGUGAGGACAAGCAGCUGGCCGUGUGUCUCAAAUAUACAGGCGUCUUCGCGGAGAACGGAGAGGAUGCACACGGAAAGGGCCUGUUCAACAGCAAGAGUGUGGACAGCCUGAUAGCGGACAGCAUGAAGGCCAACCCCAGGAAUGUGGUGGAGGGCUGCUGCGCCGACAUGGCCGUCACAUUCAACGGGAUGUCGCCCAAUCAAAUGCAGGUCAUGAUGUUUGGAGUUUACAGACUUCGUCCUUACGGCCACGAUUUUCAUGACUCGAUAGUAUUCAACCCUCCGGAUGGUUCAGAUAACGACUAGAGACUCAACGCUUUGAGGUGGAUGUGGCAUUUUAUAUGUUUCGCUUCUAUGACGGCAAAACCGAACUGUGGGCCGAUGUUUUUUCUAAUUGUUUUUAAAACUGGAUCCUAGAUUGGAAUAACACUUUUAUGUAUGUUUGUACCUUUUUGCACUUGGCCCAAUCAGCACCCCGUUCCUUUGUGGUGAAGGUAAAGAGUCGAUGGGUGUGCCGUCCCUUUUGAAUGACGACAGAGCGUGGACAUAUAGCAAACAUGUAACAUGAGACUCUAUUAUCUGGAAGUUUUAGGUAUUGUUAUGUAUCUUAAAAGGUUGUCUUUUUGUGGUCUUAAAGCUUACAAAUUACAAUUAUAUAGUGAGGAGCUAUUCUAAAACUAAUUUUUUUUAAAUUUAUUUAAAUGUUCAGUGCUUUGACAUCCUCACCAGAUCAUAAGUAACCUCUUUUAUCUCUGAGAACAGAUCACCCAGCUGAUUUAAAGACUAUGGAAGCACCGAUAUUCAAUGCGGUGGCCCAACAUGGCUCUAACUUAAGUGCAUUGUUGUGCUUGGUUUCCUCCAGUUAUGAAGAAUUGGGCUUCACAGCGACAUGGAAAAUAAUAAUCCUGUGUUGACUCCUCCCUCAGAAGAGACACACAGUCUGGGUGUUGGCCUGACAAGAUUCCUAUAAAAAAUCUUGGGUUUUUUUGCAUAAUAAAAGUGAAUAAAAUAGAUUUCUGAUUUGUUUGAUGUGGUCUUGAAUAAUUCAACCAGGACUGUUAAAAGUUAUGGAUAAAUGUGAAAAAUCAAACUAGAGUGGUAGCUUCCAGGUGUUAAUGGUUUACACCUUGUCAAGCAGACUAAAUGACUUUUGGUAAAGGGAAAUAGUUUUACAAUACAAGGUUUGCUUUGUUAUACUGAACUAAUUUGAUAUAUAACUGUGAAUGUAUUGCAGGCCUCUAUGUUGUACAUAUAAUGUAUAUUCAUAUUUUGCUGCUGUCAAGUGAGAAAUAAAAGUAUUGCAAUUUU